GGUGACCGGAAGUUCUCGUCGACGUUCUCGCUAGGCGUCAGCUGACAGUUGUGGCAACACCGUGUGACACCUGCGCGAGUGGCCGACGCACGGCGACCAUCACCGGGGACGUCUCCGACCUCUUCACCCGGGUUUAGGGGUUUGGAAGCGGAGCACUGAGCCAGCACCAGCAUGGCGGCCGAAAUUGAGCCGCGAGCGCAGGUUCGGAAGCCAUGUUUGCUGAGCAAGAUCGAAGCUUUCCAAGAUGUGGUGAGCGCGGCGGUCAUCAUUCCCAAAGAAGACGGCGUCAUUAGCGUGUCCGAGGACAGAACAAUUCGUGUUUGGCUGAAGAGGGACAGCGGUCAAUACUGGCCCAGUGUCUACCACACCAUGCCAUCCUCGUGCUCCUGCAUGAUCUUUAACACCGAGACCAGGAGGCUAUUGGUGGGGAUGGACACCGGCACCGUCUGUGAAUUCAUCUUGGCGGAGGAUUACAACAAGAUGACAUCCGCACACACCUACCAGGCCCACCAGGCCAAAGUGACGGUGGUGCUCUUCGUGCUGGAGAUGGAGUGGAUCCUCAGCACGGGACAGGACAAGAAGUUCACCUGGCACUGCUCCGAGAGCGGCCAGCAGCUGGGCGCCUACCACACCGCAGCCUGGGUCUCUGGACUACAAUUUGACGUGGAGACGAGGCACGCCUUUGUCGGCGACCAGUCGGGUCAGGUGACCAUCCUGAAGCUGGAGCAGGACAGCUGCAGCCUGGUCACCACCUUUAAGGGUCACACCGGUCACGUGACUGCGCUCUGCUGGGACCCGUCCCAGAGGGUCCUGUUCUCAGGAAGCUCGGACCACUCCAUCAUCAUGUGGGACAUCGGUGGACGCAAAGGCACCGCCAUCGAGCUGCAAGGACACAACGACAAGGUCCAGGGAUUGUGUUACGCCUCGCACACUCGCCAACUCAUCUCUUGCAGCGCGGACGGCGGCAUCGUCAUCUGGAAUAUGGACGUUACCAGACAAGAGACUCCAGAAUGGCAGGACAGCGACUCCUGUCAGAAGUGUGAGCAGCCGUUCUUCUGGAACUUCAAGCAGAUGUGGGACAGCAAGAAGAUCGGCUUACGUCAGCACCACUGCAGGAAGUGCGGCCAGGCGCUGUGCGGCAAGUGUUCCUCCAAGCGUUCCACCAUCCCGCUCAUGGGCUUCGAGUUCGAGGUGCGCGUGUGCGACGGCUGCCACGCCUCCAUCACCGACGAAGACCGCGCGCCCACCGCCACCUUCCACGACAGCAAGCACGCCAUCGUGUACAUGCACUACGAGCCCACCACCGGGUGCCUGCUCACCUCCGGCACCGACAAGGUCAUCAAGCUUUGGGACAUGACCCCCGUGGUGUCCUGAGAUCAGAGCUCUUCCGACCCGCCAGGAAGGUCCGUACGCCGCCGUGUGAUGGCGGCAGUUGCCUGGGAGCAAGAUGGAGGAAGCCCAGCUGUACAGGGGGGGACAGGGCCACAAAGUGGUGUGUGGAGUGGACCGACUGUGAUUGACAUGAGUGGUGUGUGUGUGUGUGUGUGUAUGGAGAGGUGUGUGUGUGCAGGGUGGACCACUUCUUGCCGUCAUGUGGCUCCUCGCCAGGACGCCAGCACCCGGGUGAGGACCUCAUUAAGGUCCUGCUGCAAAUGACCCCAAGGGUUUUGGAAGCUAAUUUAUUAUCAAAUACAAAAAUUCUAAUCUUCUUCCUCAUCUUGAAUAAUGUGAACGUGUGUCAGCGCACUGGAAUCUUCUCCCAAGACGUUCUCCUUCAUCUGCACUUAGCAUAAGCUCCUUUGCACCGAGCGCUACCAAAAAUAGCUAAUUCCCCCCACGGUCGUGGUGCCUAAGGAGGCGGAGCUAGACCUAGCGCAGCGUGCCCAUUGGUGGACGGUGAACCAUCACAAGUCAGGAGAUGCCUUUCAAUGUUUCGUCACGUUCGAGUCGUCCAUUGAGUUUUUUUACGGUAAUUUGUUGUUCAUCUAAUUCUUGGUGACAAAUCAGCACGCUGCUAUCACGUCAUUGCUACGUUUUUUGGUGUUCUAAUACGACAAUGGAACCAGUUUAUGGCCAGUAAAUACGAAUAUGACCAAGUAGAGAACUACCCGUCACCUCUUCUUAAGUCUCUUCAGUUAUGUCAACAUAAGCGGGUUCCUCUGUGAUUGGAAUGUGAGACAGUCUUAAAAAGUAACUUGUAUACAAAAACACAACAUUCAUACCAGGCCAGUGUUUUUUUUUUUUUGUUGCAGAAAUAUUUCCCUGUGUAUGAAAUAUAAAAGCGACCAAGUGAUGUCGUUGCUGUAUUAAAAAAGGAGCAGGAAUCUUCAAGCUUUUCUUAUGAAUAAUGACUUUAUUUGAAUGUUACAUAGCUCUUACUAUGAAUACUGUUCAUAGAUGGCAAUUUUACAGUCUGUUCAGGUUACAGACAAAGCCUUUUUUUGUUCAAUUGGGUCUUGGCGUAUUGGAAAAAUUGCAUGAAUUGACAUUUUGCAUUGUUUCAUCUUAGAACUUUUGAUCAGCUGAUAAACAACCUAAGUAGAAAACCACCCAAAAAACCUUGAACCAUUCCCACUCACAUUCAUACCUAUGGAUUAACCUAGCAUGUUUUUGGAAUGUGGGAGGAAAACCCACUCAUGCACGGGGAGAACAUGCAAACUCCACACAGAGAUGACCCAGGGUGGAAUUGAACUCGGGCCUGCGUACUAACCACUUGAUAUACUUAAAUACUUGAAAUUGAGCCCCACUUCCAGUAGGAAUCAAAGCUUGUUUAUACGGUAAAGCUGCACACCACGUGACGUAGGAAGUGCAUUUGUUGGAAAAAAAUGUCCGUUAAAAGAUCAAUGGUGUAAAAAGUGAGCAUGAAUAGUUAAAAAAAAAAACCCAAAAAACAGACGACAAACCUCAAGGUUUGAACUUGAGCGCCAAGUCACUGAGCGCCGCCAACAAUCGGUCUUCCUCCUGAGAUGUGGACCUGGAGAAGGCCAGCGGGAGGUGCGUGGCCACCGCACACCGAUCUGGAA